AUGACGGACCAAGAGACUUUUGGUGCAAAGCACGACCUGGAAGUUUUCCGCGUUACUAGUCUUCCACGUAGCUUUUACUAUAUUCCCAAUUUUAUUAGCGCUGAGGAGGAAGCAUCAAUCUUACAAAAGCCAACGUCUGGAUCCUCCAACAUGCCUAACCUGUGCAAGAUCCCCGCCCAAAGAUGGACCCACCUCUCCCACCGACGUCUCCAAGCAAUCCCCUCGACACUAACAAAAAACAACACGUUGCUCGCUUCUCCACUCCCAGCUUACCUCACCACGCCCGUUGUCGACCGCUUUAAAGCCCUAGGCAUCUUUGAGCAUACACCCCACCAGCAGCCAAACCACGUGCUUGUCAAUGAAUACAGGCCGGGCGAAGGCAUCAUGCCGCAUGAAGAUGGAGACGCAUACGCGCCUGUUGUCGCGACGGUCAGUCUAGGCGCAGCAUUGUGCUUGGAUGUUGUACGCAAGCCAGCGAAAGCACGUGAUGAGGAGGACGGCAGUAGUAAUCGUAGGCGUAGUAGUAGUGAAAAUGGACCUGUGGCAGCACCAGAAGACCAAAUUCAUGACGGCGAAGAAGAAAAGGAAGAAGCAUCAUCAUCAUCAUCAUCAUCAACAAAUGGAGAAUUCAAGCUCCCCACACGCAUAUACCAAGAACGUCGUUCCCUGCUCGUAACAACAGGCGCCGCUUACUGCACUCUGAUGCAUGGCAUAUCAGGCAUUGCAGUCGAUGAGGGCUUGAACGAAGAGAGCGUAGCGAAUUGGCAGUUGGUGGGAGAUACAAGGACGUUGGAGGCCAUGGGGGGGAUGAGUGCGCGGGGUGUCAGAACUAGUUUGACGUAUCGGGAUGUGCUUAGGGUUAGUGCAGCAGCAAGCAAAGUUCUUGGCGGUGGCUUUCCGAGGAAGUAG